AUAAAUACUUUUGCAUCUCACACAUUUCACUAUAUUUCAAAUUCGGUAACGAACGAAACAGUUGUGGAACGAUGAGACAAAUUUUGCUCUUGACAUUUUUGUCGUUUUUAGCCCCAAACGAGGUCUUCAUCAAAAGUGCCACAGGGCAGUCUUCAACCUAUGAGGACCUAUGUGGUACUUUCAGUAUAAAAGCUCAACAGACUCUAGAAAUAGAAAAAACCAAAUUGGAUAAGUUAUUUAAAGGAAAAACAAUCUUAUGGCAUGUGGAGUUAUUGCCUCUGUUCUCAAUAUGUGAACCUGGCUUAACGUCUGAAAUUAUUGCUUCCUUGGAUCACAUCGUUGAAAUUAACGCAAAGACGAUUUCAUUGACGAGCAAUAUACUUUCAUUGAAGAGCAAAAGAGUAACGAUGGACGCAUUAUGCGACAACAUCAAAUCGCAUCUUACGUUAAAUUCAACGUCUUCACAGAUAAUGCCAGCCGAUAUCGAAAACGUGUACUCAACAUGGCGAAAUGACUAUCUCAAACAGAUAGAUUUGAAAAGAGUUGCCAUUAAUCUAAAAAAAUUAAAAGAAAAGCAUGGCCAAUUUAACCAACCAUUCACGAAUGAAUGGCUGCUUGUAAAUCAAGCAAAAGCUGCUUUUCAGAAAGAAUCAAACGCAAUUUUCCUUGCGUUUACAAAUACGGUGCUCAAUGGAAUAAAUGGAGAUGGAGUUGCUGAAAUCAAGAAAGUAAAGGGCAUUUUCUUAAAUUACACACAAAUACAAGCUGAAAUGAUAAAACAUCUCUCUGAAGCAGUUAAAAUUUUAGAGGAAUUUAACAUCCGACGUGAAAUGUGGGCAAAAUUUUUGGUUGGAGUACCAAAUAUAAAAAUCUAAUUCAAAUCUUUCACAUUUGAAAAAAAGUCUAUUAAUAAUUGUAAAUGUUCACCUUUUUUAAUUAGACUAUAUUCAAUGAAUAAUUAAUAAAAAAACAAAUGUUUUGUAUUUUCAUGGAA